UAAGUACAACAAGUGUCAUUUUUUGUAUACAAUAGUACGUCUCAAGAAAGUUAAUGGUUAUUGUGAUUUUCCCUCCAAACGAGUCUCAUUUGUGGCGGUAAUUGACGAAACCACGCUUUACCUUUCUGCAGCAGUCACCAAUGGAGGAACCUACCUUCGACUCUGAUCUAAUCCAUUCCAUCAUGAAGCGUAUUUGGACUUUGCGAACCCUUGAGCGUGAAAAUGUUGCUACCAGUGAUGCUUUGGACUCUGAGGUAGGAGCUGGAUCGUCCAAGAAGAAUCGGACAACUUCUGGUAUUUAUGUCAUCAUUCUGCUAACAUUCUUAUUUGGUGGAGCUAAUGCUAGUGCUCUGAAGCUUACCUGUGAACUUCUCCGGGUUUUUGUCACAGAGGCUGUUCAGCGCGCUGUUGCUAUUGCAGAGACUGAGGGUGAUGGUCAAAUAGAAGCUACUCAUUUAGAGAGUAUUCUUCCUCAAUUACUUUUAGAUUUCUAAAGCAUUUGAUGAUUUGAAAUACUGAUCUGUAACUUCUAUCUCCCCAAUCAUGAAUCUAAUGAAAAGCUCAUAAUGCUCAUGAAGAUUUUUGGCAAGCUCGUAUCGAAUACAACUAAUUCUCUACAUUGAAAUUAAAAGAAAAGAUGGUUUCCCUCGUUUCUUUAUAUUGCAAUGCUUGAUUUGACUAUUCUACUCCUGAACGUUUUCCACCAUCCGACUAUAUGAUAUUUUAAAGACACCCUAGUGCUGUUUCUGUCCAAUAAACAAUGGUAAAAGGUGUUGAAUUCUUCGAUUGACUGUUGUAGGAUAUAUUCGUUGGGAUUAGAGACGUUAUAGACCACAUGCCAGAUUUAGUUCAUACAACCUUGUACUAACAACAAAUAUUAGUGUGUACUAUUUGUACUAUUGUAUCUUGUGUAUUAUUGUUAGUUGUCUCUCAGUUAAAUUUAAUAUUUUGAGAGAAAUCAUCAAAUUUGAUCUUUAAAGGAUAAAUUUAUUGGUCACCAGAGGAUCAUAACUUACUCUUCUAUACACGAGCUAAAUUGUUGACUUUGUGUAGAGUUGAUAAGGGGAUAAUGAUGAGUAACAAUGUAAACACUAGCCAAAAGGCAGUUGAGAGUGGUCUGUAGAUAGGGUGCCUUUACAAGAUGUGUUACCAUAUUCGCUUGUUGAUCAUUGUGCUAGACGAUAUGUUGUUGGAUGUAUUUUGAGUUCAUAUAGUCACAUAUAAAAGUAGUUUCUGCACAUUAUUCUAGAGUACAAGUUACUUAGAGAAGUUUCAAUAAUUUUUUUAGACAUGAAACAAACAUUAAAGAAUAAAAUUAUUCAUUUUCAUCUUGCUAUCAUCAAAAUGAAAAUAAGAGGUCAUUAUUUUUCGAAUUAAUUUGGUUCAAAAAUAUUUCUUUUCUUGAUAAUGACACAUAUUUUGCAUAACAUUUAUU